GCCCCUGGGGGCCAUCUGGCCGAAGUCCACCUGCGCGGCUGAGUGGAGGAUGCUAGGUUGCUGUGCUGUUUCUCCUACUGUCUUGCUGCCGCACCACCCCUCAGAAAAACCGGGUCGUCAGUUUCCUGCGGUUUGCACACUCACCACAUAUAAUUAACAAUUUGCAAUUCACCCGCAGGAUUAUUCCAGCCUCUGUGAUCACACACAGAAGGAUGAGCCUUCCUCGUGAGGGUUGGAGAUGGAGGGAGAAGGGAUGGAGAGUAAGGAUGGGACGGAGGUUGUGGAGCAGAAGACCAACACGCCAGAAAGGAAAAUAAUGAUCAUCUCAAUUUUUAUAUGUGGAGGCAUUGCUUUUCUUCUUUGGGGGAUUUUAAGAUUUCCCAGAAAAUUUGGAAUUCCAAGGCACCUUAGAAACAAGACAUGCCUAGAAAAUUUGACUAUGUGUCCACAAGGCUGGAACUGAAUCAAUAAUAAUUGCUUCUUUCAAUCUGAACAUGAAACAACGUGGAUCAAUGGCUGAGAAAACUGCAGAAGUUAUGGAUCUCUGGCCAGGCUCAACUCUCAGAAUGAAAUGGGAAUCUUUGAUGCAUUAUCUGGGGCCAUCUUUAUAUUGGUUUGAACUGAGCAAGCACAAUGCAAACAAAACGUGGAUGUGGGCAGAUGGAGCUACAUUCAGCAAUUGUCAAGUUAUGAAACUAGCGAAUUAUUUACAUUAAGUGGAUUUGUUGUUGCUGUCGUUGCUGAAACUAGUGAAAGAAUCGAGUUUUGUGCUAUGAGUCAUGGGAGCAAAACGUGAGUAUUUAGAAGUGGAGAGGACCACGAAGAAGGAAGCCCUGGUGACUUGAAGAAAUCAUGGAGAGUUCUCUGGAUUCCCACAAACCUAUGGGGUUUAGAUUCCAGCUAAUACUUACACGGGUCUCAGAAGGACAGAGGGCAAGGGUUAACAUCUGGCUGAUAUUAAAGUCUCUGCACCUCUUAAUAUUUUACUUUGGCCUAGUUUUCUUUUCUUCGCUUUUACAUUUCCUGAUAUAAUGAGUAAUUCUCUUUUGAGUAUUAACUUGUACCAUGAACUAUGCUAAAUAUUUUUACCCCUAAAUGAUGAAGAAUUUUUAUCAUUUUUUGCUUAAAUAAAUGAGCAAAUGAAAGAUUGUUUACCUGGGAUUAUACUAAAUGGUAGAUUUAGUAUAAUAUUAAAUACUAAUAGUAUAAAUUAAAUACACUUUAAAUUCAGCUGGGUCUCACACACAUUACAGACAUUCAAACAAUAUGGAAAAUAAUAUUGAAAAAAUAGAUGGUUGGCCGGGUGCGGUGGCUCAAGCCUGUAAUCCCUGCACUUUGGGAGGCUGAGGUGGGAGGAUCACGAGGUCAGGAGAUGGAGACCAUCUGGGUAAUAUGGUGAAACCCCUUACCCUCUACUAAAAAAUAGAAAAAAUUAGCUGGGCGGGGUGGCGGGCGCCUGUAGUCUCAGCUACUCGGGAGCCUGAGGCAGGAGAAUGGUGCGAACCCGGGAGGCGGAGCUUGCAGUGAGCAGAGAUCAUGCCACUGCACUCCAGCCUGGGUGACAGAGCGAGACCCCGUCUCAAAAAAAAAGAAGAGAAAAAAUAGAUGGUGUGUUCAGCAUCAUCAGAAGCAAAUUUUAUCAGCAUCUUCUCAUCUUCUCAUUCUCUAUGGGGCCGGGAUUUAAUAGUGUGUAAACUGUGUUAGCAGGUUAAAUGCAGGUGUUGUUAAAUUAUAAUUUACAUGCUGUACCGUACAAGAACAAAAAUAAUUCUAAAAUUUUCAGAUUAUUGUGCUACAAAAAAUGACCAUCGUUAGCAAAAGGAGGAUGGGGAAUGAGACUUAUGCAUUUUUAAGGUCAUUAAACAUCUCCAUUAGCCAUCUCUGGAGUGGUGACUAUCACAUUAGAAGGGGACCGCUUUGCAUCUCCUAAUGAUGACAUUUCUAUCCAGCUGUACUGAAAUAGAAAUAAUGUUAAAAGGAGUCAGAGCGCCCAGUGGAGAAAAUUUGACAGGUAAAGAAGAAAAGAGAAAGGAACAAAUAAUGGGCUACGGGUUGAAUUUUAUGAACAUGAGCAGAACUUUGAACAUUUUUAAGUAUACUUUUUCAGGCUAGGUGAGUGGAUUGCAUCCCCUUCCAACUUAUUCUGAGGACAGUACCCAGAGUGAACAUAUUAAAUGUAUGUCAGAUCACACCGCUAUUCUGCUCAAAAUAAUUUUCCAUCUUCCCAUUUCACUUAGAAUAUUAGCCACAGGCCUCAGAAUGGCAAAAACAGAAUUACCCUGUUGGUACUUAGCUGAACUCUUCUCUUACUGUUCUCCUCCAGACACAGCUGGCUUCCUCACUCUUUCCGGAAUGUGCCAGGCGUACAUCUGCCCUAGGAUCUUCACACAAUUCCACCAGGAUGAUGGUAUCCACACGGCACUUUCCCUCCUCAAAGUUCAUUUACAUUUCACUUUCUCAGUGAUGCUUACCCUGACUACCCUAUUAAAAUUGCAACUCACACUCCUCAACCUUGAUAUUACUAAUCAAUUUUAACCUGGCCUAUCUUUUGUUUUCAGUGGAACUUAUUACAUACUGGAAUAUGGAAUAUCGUAUCAUUUGUUUACUAUCUUUAGUCUUUAUGUUUAAACUUCCUGGAAUGGAAACCCCAUGAGUAAAGGAAUCUGUGUCUAUUUUGUUCACAGACGUAUUUCAAGCACCCUGAAAAAUGCCAAGUACUAAUUAGGCAUUCUGUAAAUGUUUGUUGAAUAAGACAAUGAAGAGGCAAAUUAAAUUAAAUACAAAAUAGUUUGUUAUCCAGGACAUUUCUGACUGUAUAGCCAAAGCUUUAAAAUGAAGAUAAGAAUAAUUUUAUAAAAUGAAUUAGACACAUAUCAACCCUAGGGAGAAUCUUCAAAGUGGUCUGCUCCUUUGAAAAGCCUUAAACAGGAAAGCUUUUAUUUAAAGAAUGGGCUGGGCAUGGUGGCUCACACCUGUAAUCCCAGCACUUUGGGAGGCCGAGGCGGGUGGAUAACCUGAGGUCAGGAGUUCGAGACCAGCUGGACCAACAUGGAGAAGCCUCGUCUCUACUAAAAAUACAAAAUUAGGCAGGCAUGGUGGUGCAUGCCUAUAAUCCCAGCUACUCAGGAGGCUGAGGCAGGAGAAUCACUUGAACCCAGGAGGUGGAAGUUGCGUGAGCCGAGAUCACACCAUUGCAUUCCAGCCUGGGCCACAGGAGAGAAACUCCACCUCAAAAAAAAAAAAAAUGACACUGUGCUUCUGGAAAUAACCUAAUUAUUACCAGAGGAAGGAAUUCAUGUCUAUGCCAUACAAGAGCUUUCACCCUUUAGAAGUGUUUUACGGAAGGUCACACACACACACACACACACACACACUGAUCAAAUUGCGGAAUUCUCUGAAGCAUACAGAGAAUGGCAUUUAUUCUGGCAAGAACUGUGCAAAUUGUUACAAGAAACAUAAGGGAUGGCAAGUAUGAACAAUUAUAUUUCAACAGAUGCAGGAAGCAGUUGAAAUAUGGCUUCUCAACAUCUGGGGCUUGCAUACUUGUCAUCUGGAAACCAGAUUGGGUCAGUUACAUGUGGAAAGGAAUAAGUUAUUGCCAGACCAAAUUUCCAUAUUAAAAGAAGUCUCCAUUACCAGAUUCUUUUUUUAUAGGCACCAAAUAGACCAGGGAGUUACUAAAAAUGGAAGGAGGUCGUGAGAAAGCAAGUCAUACUAUGAGUAGGACCUCACCUUAUGAAUUGCCUCUUUAGCAAAAUCAACUGCAGAAAGGAAAGACACUGUCUGUUAAAUGAAAGGUAAUAAACGGAAUUCGCAGGUGGACAAAAAUACCUCCUGAAAUCCUGUAACCCAGCGGGGUACAGAUGAGACACGCCCUCUGCAGAUACAGUGUGCAACUACCAGUGUGACUCUGAGUGCCCGUUUUCUGUCUCUGCACCGAAGCACCAAAAGCAAAGAUUCCAGGCUGAAGCAAAUUUUUUUUUUUUUUUGAGACAGAGUCUUGCUCAGUUGCCCAGGCUGGAGUGCAGUGGCACGAUCUCGGCUCACUGCAAGCUCCGCCUCCCGGGUUCACACCAUUCUCCUGCCUCAGCCUCUCGAGUAGCUGGGACUACAGGUGCCCGCCACCAGGCCCGGCUAAUUUUUUGUAUUUUUAGUAGAGACGGGGUUUCAUUGUGUUAGCCAGGAUAGUCUUGAUCUCCUGACCUCAUGAUCCACCCGCCUCGGCCUCCCCAAGUGCUGGGAUUACAGGUGAGAGACACCGCGCCCAGCCAGUUUUACAGCUUUUUAUAAAGAUAAACAUACUUAUAUGAUGCAGCAAUUCAAUUUCUGGGAAUUUAUCCAAGAGAAAACUUGCUCACACAAAAACGCUUGUGUACAGCAGUUUCAUACGUAACAGUCCCACCCUAGAAACAAAAGUCCAUCAACUAGUGAUCAAAGAGAUAAUUUCUGGUAUAACAUGCAAUAGGAAUACUACUAAGAAAUAAAAGGGAAUGAACUACUUACCUGCACAACAACUUGAGUGAAUCUCAAAAGUAUUAUAAAUGAAAUAAGCAAGAGACAAGACACUACAUAUUAUAUGAUACCAUUUAUACAAAAUUCUAUGAAAGGGGCUGGCCGUGGUGGCUCAUGCCUGUAAUCCCAGUACUUUGGGUGACUGAAGCCAGAGGAUCACUUAAGCCCAGGAGUUCAAGACCAGUCUGGGCAAUAUAAUGAGACCUAGUCUCUACAAAAAAUAAAAUUAGCAGGGCAUGAUGGUGCGCGACUGUAGUCCCAGCUACUUGGGUGGGUAGGGCAGGAGGAUUGCUUGAGCCAAGGAGGUCAAAGUUGCAAUGGGCCAUGUUUUCCCCACUGCACUCCAGCCUGGGCAGCACAGUGAGACCCUGUCUCAAAAAAAAAAUUCCAUGAAAGGAAAAACUAUGUUGAUAUAAAGCAAAGUAAUGCUUGCCAGGGUCCAGGGUCAGAAAAGAUAGUGAUUACACAAGGAAAAAAAGAAAGAUGAUGGAAAUGUUCCAUAGCACGGUUGUUGUGGUGUUUACAUGAUUGACUUUACGAUCCUUUUGUUAUGGAUGAGUUAAUUUUUAAAUUCCUUCCUUAAACUAACAAGUCUGCCUACUUUUAUCUUUGAUCUAAAAUUAGUACUGAUGUUUUCCAUUUGGAUUGGUUAAGUCUCUUUUGACUGAAGCUUGCUCAGUGCCUAAAUAAGUGAUGUACAUGAAAAGCUUUCUAGUCCUCUCCUACUGAUCUCCAUCGGUUAGCACCUUGCCAUGAUUAAUCCAGAGCUACGGGAUGGCAGAGCUGAUGGCUUCAUACAUCGGAUAGUUCCCAAGUUGAUACAAAACUGGAAGAUUGGCCUUAUAUGCUUCCUGAGUAUUAUUAUUACUACAGUUUGCAUUAUUAUGAUAGCCACAUGGUCCAAGCAUGCUAAACCUGUGGCAUGUUCAGGGGACUGGCUUGGAGUGAGAGAUAAGUGUUUCUAUUUUUCUGAUGAUACCAGAAAUUGGACAGCCAGUAAAAUAUUUUGUAGUUUGCAGAAAGCAGAACUUGCUCAGAUUGAUACACAAGAAGACAUGGAAUUUUUGAAGAGGUACGCAGGAACUGAUAUGCACUGGAUUGGACUAAGCAGGAAACAAGGAGAUUCUUGGAAAUGGACAAAUGGCACCACAUUCAAUGAUUGGUUUGAAAUUAUAGGGAACGGAUCCUUUGCUUUCUUGAGUGCUGAUGGAGUCCAUAGUUCCAGAGGAUUUAUUGAUAUCAAGUGGAUUUGCAGCAAACCUAAAUAUUUUUUAUAGAGCAGAAAAAACUUGAAAAUGACUAUCACACUUCAAGAUUGAAAGAAGAGCUAAUUAUGCAAAAGUGGCUUUCUCACUUAUUCUGUUAUAGAAUACAGAACCUCUGGUGAGGGCCCAUUUUCUGGUUUAUAGAUGGAAACUUCUUGCUGUGCCCUGCCAUGGUUAAAGAGACAAGGCCGUUCUCUGGAGCCUUUUAUAAGGGCACAAUCACAUUCACUAUGGCUCCAUCCUCAUGAACUAAUCACCUCCUGAUGGAUGGCUCCAUCCCCUAAUACCAUCACACUGGUGAUUAGCUUUCAAUUUAUGAGUUUUGGGAGGACCCAAAUACUCAGAACAUAGCAUCUACAAAUAAUAAACACUGAUAAAUUAUGAGUUAUACAUAAAAAUUAUAACAUACUCUAUAGACUACAGUAAUAAAUAUCAAAGUGACCAAAUAGUAGGUUCGUGAAAAAAAAUGCAAUCUCCCAAGUAAGAAAAAGGAAAGAAAAUUAAUUUGGGGCACAUAUUUGGAUGCUUCAUAAAAUUUAAAUUCUAUAGGGCAUUCAAAGGUUGUAUCAAAGCUGCCUUGUUGCAUUAGUGCAGUUUUAAUUACCUGCCUGGGUAACUGUGAUCUUUCAGAACAAGUAGGAAUGUGAGUAUAAAUGGAUAGAUAGUAAGAAAAACUAGAGAAAAAAAAAGUAUCUUGAUUACAGUGUGAAAAUGAGACAGGCAGGUGGGAAGCAGUGCCCGGGAGAAACUCCCACCAGUCUGCCCACUGAGGUGGAGCCUUGGGAAGUUCACAACUUUUGCAGCAUAGAAGAGCGAGCAUCGUCCCUCCUCUUCCUGUGUGGAACCUGAGAUUAGAAUGGUCAGCAGGAAGUGGUCUAACAGAGCAUCCUGUUUUCCUUUUUUUUUUUUUUUU